AAACAUACCAUUGGAUGUUUUUGGUUUCACCCAAAACACAUAAAAAUGGAAAAACUAUGCGCAGACACAGAAUAAGGAUUUCUGCGGCGAUAACUUCUACUGCCAUACAUCGGAACUUAGCUCAACGCCGACGAAGGAGAAGAGAGAGAAAUUAGUAAGAGAAAGUUUGAAGUUCAGUUAUCUUUUUUUCCUUCAAUUUUCAUAUUAUUUGAACUUCAAUUUAAGAAAAAAAUAAAAAAAGAAGAGAGUUUUUUCUCAAAUCGGCGAAAAUGGUGAAAACGACGAAAGGAGGUAAAGUCAUGAAUCCUACCGACGCUUAUCGCAAGGAGCUUCGCAAAAAGGAAUUAAAAAGGAACAAGAAAGAGAGAAAAAAGGUCAGGGAGGUGGGUCUCUUGAAGAAGGAUCCUGAUCAGAUAAAAGAUCAGAUUCAAAAGUUGGAGACGAUGAAGGCUGAAGGUGCACUGGACAAGGCAAGAAAGCACAAGAAAAGGCAGCUUGAGGACACUUUAAACCUAGUUAUGAAGAAGAGAAAGGAGUAUGAAGAAAAAAUGAAGGAAAAGGGUGAGGAACCAGUUAUGUUCAGCCAUUUGGGACCUGUACGUAGACGGACUUCCGCCGAAGAGGAGGAGAGAGCAAAGCACCCAAUACCUGAAGAUUCUGUAUAUUAUCAUCCCACAUUGAAUCCCACUGGAGCUCCACCCCCUGGAAAGCCUCCUAUGUACAAAUCUUCUAUAGGGCCUCGUAUUCCCUUGUCAGAAGCUUCCUCGUCAACUGGUGCUGCAUCUUCUGCAGGGCCUGAUGAUGGUGAGUUGCCUGCGCCUCCUCCUCCACCUCCUUUGCCGUCGACUGGUGAUCCUGAUGUUAAUAAUGGUAGUGAUCUACCUGCAUCUCUGCCUCUACCGCCUCCACCACCAAUGCCUCCAAACCCUUCAAGUUCAAACUUGGCAUCUGCAUUGCCUCCACCUCCACCUCCACCACCACCACCAGGUCCUCCUCCUAUAGAACAUAUGGGAGUUCGCCCUCCUCCUCCUCCUCCCCAUCAACAAACCGUACAGCCACCACCUCCUGGCAUUCCCGGAAAUGAGAGAGAUAACAAUAGAAAUGUAGUUCCAGAUGGCGCUAAUCCAAAAGAUAUACAGGUCCCAAAUAUGCUUCCUCCACCACCUCCACCACCUGGAUUACCCCCUAAAUCAGCAGGCAAUCAGUCUGGUGUUGAAGCUGAUGCCAAUAAUCAGGAUGUGGGCAAAGAUCUUUCCAAAAUGGUCCCACCUCCUCCACCACGGCAUCCUCCAGUACCUGGUAUGCCAGGACCAGUGGCAAUCCAUACAUUACAGCCUGAUGUGUUACCCCCAGGUAUUUCAAGAUUUCCUCCACCGCCUCCACCAGACAUGAGGCCACCAUUACCCCCUUCUGGAGUUCCUGGACAGCCUACCCCCCCUGGACUAGUACCACUAAUGCCAAGGCCACCUUUUGGUCCUCCCCCUGGACCACCUCCUAUGAUGAGACCGCCGCUUCCUCCAGGUCCGCCACCUAUGAUGAUACAGGAUGACUCAAAUGUACUGAGACCAACUGUUCCACAGAAACCAUCAUAUGUUAAAUCAGCUGCACCCACUGUUGUAAAGAGGCCUUUAGCUCAGCACACACCGGAGCUCACAGCUAUGGUUCCUGCAUCAGUACGUGUUAGAAGAGAGUCUGCUCGUCCGAAGCCAAAACCAAAAAUGUCAACAAGCACAACUAUCUCUCAGCAUCCCCUGGCUUCUGUUCCAAAACCGGAAUCGGUCGGAACCACAUCGGCACCAAAAGCACCAAGCAUUGAUGACUCUUAUACUGCCUUCUUGGAGGACAUGAAAGCACUUGGUGCUCUUGAUAGUUGACCUCGAAUCAAUUCGAAGGGGAUGCGUAGUGGUCUUAACCAACAGGCUUGUGCUGGUUAGCUCUUCUCAUGCACUUGUGUAUCGAUCUAAUGUAUUCGUACUACACCAGUGUAUGCAUAGGUCUGAGAUUCUAAUUACUGGUGUAAUUUUGGCUCAUUGAUCCUUGCCAAUAGAGAACUCAAGUGAAGGAUUUUUCAUUACAUCUAAUAACAAGAUUUUUCUCACUUUA